AUGGGUUCAAUAUUUAGCAAACGGUGUGACAUACGACAGUGCUCCAAAUGUCAGAAAAGCACAGAAUUCUACUGUAACACGUGUAAACGUAACUUGUGUCUUAAGUGCAAAGAAAGACAUUUUUUUGAUUUAGAUACAGUUAACCAUGACGUUGUGAUCAACCAAGAAAAAUGUGAAACAUGUGAGACAUGUGAAAUACAUCCGGACAGAUUCUAUGAAACCUUUUGUCAUUCAUGUAAACUUCCUGCCUGUUUCCAAUGUACAGAACACAGAAAUCACAGACUAGCGGAUAUCAUAACAUCUUAUAAAUCAAAGCGUCAACAACACAAUGAAAUUAUUUGCAACAUCAGAAGUGAAACUCUCUAUAACAGCCAUUGUCUCUUGGCAGGAAUCAAAAAUGAUAUACAAAAAAGUCACAGAGGAAUCUUCAACCCACAAUCAGAGAUGUCAACAAAAGCAAAGAAAAUAAAGGACCUCACUGAUACUGUCAUCUGCGAUAAUAAUAAACUCUUGAUCACAAUUAAAUGUUCUAUGAUUCAUAGAUUACAACAACAGAUCAGAAAUAUUAACAAGCACAUUGGCAGCAUAGAAAACUUUGAACAUAAUUUUAUAAAGUCAGCAAACAGAUAUAGACCAAUAGAAUUUCUCUUAUUUCUAAAAAAAUACCCGUGUACCGAAUAUAAAAGCAUCGCCUCUUCAUUAAAAAAAACCCUGUUGUCAAUGACUGAGAAAAUCAACAAAGAGAAUAUGAUUAGAUUACUUUGUGAAAUCCAAAUCAUAGAGACAGGGCAAAGACAAGUAAGAAAUGAAUGUCUGUUUAAAUUGAUGUCUACACCCGUAUUGCAUAAAUCUAUCGAAGUAAGUGUUACUGGUGCAUGGCACAUUUCUUGUGUAAAUUCAGAACAGGUCUGGAUUAGUGAUCCCUCGAUAAACGAUUGUAUCUUGACAAACAAAAAAGGUAAAUCCCUCCAACGUUUGAUCGACAUAUCACUUGAUACUUUCAGUUAUGGAGCACACACGGUUAACAUUACCGGUGAUCUCAUCUAUAUAGACAAAGGCUAUAACAUUAAAAAACUUUCUUACAAUGACAGAAAAAAGUUUACACUGAUAAAGACAAAAGCACCAUGGAGACCUUUCUGUGUCUACAGCUCCCCCUUCACUGCAGACCUGCUGGUCGGGAUGAUGAAUACUGAUACAGAGACAGGCAAGGUGAACCGUUACAAUAACACAGGACAACACAUACAGACCAUACAGUACGGCAACACAGGUCAGGAAAUGUAUAGUGAACCUAGAUACAUCACAGAAAACCGCAAUGGAGAUGUUAUUGUGUCUGACUUUGGCAGUGAUGCUGUAGUGGUGACAGAGUAUGGGGGGAGACAUCGCUUCUCCUACACAGGACACCCAUCAGGAUCAGGACUAUCACCACUUGGAAUCUGUACUGACGCGCUGUCACACAUCAUUGUGUGUGGUUUUAAGACCAGAACAGUACAGAUGAUUGACAAGAAUGGAAAUUUCUUGAAAAUUAUACUGAAAGGACAAAUAGACGAACCGCUGAGCCUUUGUUACGAUUGGAAAACUCAUCUUCUCUGGGUUGAAUCAUGGAACGACAAAGUGUGUAUAUACAGAUAUAUAAAUAAACAUGUUAUUGACAAUCCGACAGAUGAAUGA